AUGUCGGCCGGAGGCUCACAUAAGCAUGCGGGGGGUAAUGGCAAGCACAAAGCCAGCGCGAGUAGCAGCAAUCACCAGCUCAACCACGACCCCAGCAGCUUUCUGUUUGUGAUCAACGAACUCAUUGUGCGCGAUGACGACAGCCACAACAAAGGAGAUGAUUGGUACAACCUUGAACCGCCUUCUGAGCCCCGAGGCUUUGCAGACGAGACUAUCGGCACCGUUAUGAGAUAUCACAAUGGGGAAGUUACGGAGGCUCCUGGAUAUCGGUGGCAUCGAGACGGUUUCGACGUAACUCGCAAUGCGUGGCCUCCCGGCCAUCUGAACAACUUGUACAUGCUUACCGAUGACGGAAACUACCAACGUGCGGUCGUAUACAAGCAGCUCGCAGUAUUUUCCUGCAACCCCCUACUCCCGAUCGCGAUCCUCAUCGGAGACCCUUUGUCCGCCAGCGGGCUUGCCCGGGUCCCUUUGCUCUUCCAUCAUCCGCGAGAUCAAGAGGGGGUAUCGCAUGCAGUCCAUCCGGACAGCCUCGCGAGUCAGGGUGGAGCCAUGUGCAAGUUCGUCGCGGGAUCAAGUCCCAGCUGGAUGCCGAGCCUGGUGCCAGAGACAUACCGCAAUCCGUACCAUCCGGGCCCAUCGCGUGGCCUUUCGGGAGAGCUUCCCAUCAUACUUGGUCUGAUGGCGUUCAGCGAAGCUGCGUCCGAAGGAGAAGAGGCAGCAAGGCGUAUAUUUUUAGAUGGGCGCAGAUGGCGCAAUGGAGAGUGGCAUCAUUCUGCAGCUCCCAGAGGAUAUGCUCGUUCCGCUUUGGAAAAACCGCGAGGCUUCCUCGUCACCGUGUUCUUUGAUCCCGAAAACGAGGCGUAUUCGAAUGUGGAGUACCUCUAUAACAUGGAAUGGAGGCGCGUGAUUAUCCGGGAGAGCAAGCGGCAGACUGGUCUCUAA